CCAUCUAGAGCUUUCUAAGGUUCCACCCUGGUCCGGCUUUCAUCUACCCUGACUUACUGCUCCCCAAACGACAGACACCCCUUCUGCUUAGAAGUCAAUCGUAACCUCUCUCAUCUUCUUCUUUAUCUUCUCCCAAGCUUCACCCUGUCCUCGACUCGUAUUGCUAUCCACUCCUAAACGUAAGCGAAGUGAACUGUGUGCACCAAUCCAUCACCACAGUCAUCCUUCUAUCGCUUCGACCCUCUCACCCGACUCAAUCCCAUCAAUCUUCGUCCUUCACUCCAUUAUGACUCGAACCAACAAAGGAAAUGACCGCAACCAUAGUGCCAUCGCCGAUGGUUCUGCCCUCCCUGAAGAACGCCUCCCUCGCUACUUCGCCAAACAUGGUCAUGUCGAUGCUGAUCCCAAGGGCGUAAAGAAGCAAGGUGGUGGCAAGGGCAACUGGGGCCGCGAGGGCGAUGAAGUCCACGACUACGACUACAAAUUCACCAACACUCGUCGCCGAUCCAACUCCAGCACCCAAGUCCUAGGUGAUUUCAAGACCAAGUUCGAAACCGUUGAUGCCGAGCCUGUCUUUGAGGAGGGAUUGCACGGACCUACCGACGAAGAUAUCGAAAAGGCCUCCACUCUGUCCAAGGAAGAGAGUACCGACUCCAGCACUUUGGGAGGGAGCCUCGAUGAUGAAGACAAGAAAAUGUAACACUACGAAACCAAGAUACUUAUUCGAGAUGAUGACGACGCAACUGUCAUUCUCGAUAUAUGGCGCUCAAGGAAGGUGCUUUGACUGAAUGUAUACUGUGACACCAUGCAGCAGGCUCUUUCUUCUGCGAGCAAAACAAUUGAACCGAAUGGAUGGCCCGGGGCCAGGGAUGGAGUGAAAUGAUUCAAGCAGACGUGUAUUACCUUAGCCGGAAUCCAAAUCCAUCACUGGAGAUUGUGACAACAGAGUAUGCUGACGGCUUCUCAAACCCA